UUCUUUUCCUUCCUUUCACUCUCCUUUUUCUGAUGCUUCUCUCGCACCCUUAUACUCUUGAAAUCUAUUUCUCUUCUUGCUCUUCUUUCUAUUCCUUAUCCCUCUCUAGAUCUAGGUGAUAAAACCCAAACUUUCAAGUUCAAUCAAACCCAGAUUGAACUAGAUAUUUCUGGGUUCUUGGAAGGAGUAAUUGUUGGAAAGAAUUCACAGUUGUUUUAAUUGUACCUUUGCUGAUCUCAGCCUUGCCGGAAACUCAUGUUGCUAGCUGUGCUUCGUUGGUCCUCUUUUCCAAAUCAGGUAGUGCUCUAACUUGUGAUUCGCAUCUUUUGUUUAAUGUUGAAAUUGAGAUUAAUUGAUUGUUUAAUUCCCUAUAAAUAUGUGUUGUACGUUAUCUUCAUUAUCUAGCUUGGAUUGAUGGAAGGAAUAUGGUUUGAGACUCUCCAAUUACUGCUCUAGUUUUCAUAUUUAUUCAGUUGAGAGCUCUGCUGAUUUUGGGUUUCUAUAUUUGUUGAAUUUGUAAUUGAUGGAUUAAGAUAGGACUAUGAAUUGAAAUCAUAUUGAGGAAGGAGGAAUAGCAGAGGAACUUGAAGCUCUCUCUCUCUACCUUCUUCUCCUGCUUCUGACUACCUUCCCUUGCGUUUUCGUUGUUUUGAGAUCGAAAGCCCUUGGGCUUUUGAGUUUUUGAUGCUUGAGCCGUCAGGAUCUCCAGCCGCUCAAGCAUGAUGGAGCCGGUUUCGUGCUCUCUAUUUUGAUGACCCGCUGUGGUCUGUCGGUUCGUGGGCCUUUUCUGGUGGCCUUCUUUUGGUUUUUUUGUUUUCCUGUUUGUUUUCUUGGUUUUCUGUUUUCUGUUUUCCUUGUUUGCUUUCAGAUCCGACGGCCCACUUACCCAUCACGCAGAUCUCUGGAGAUGCUCGUUGGUUUCCCCAGAUCUGGCGGCCAUCACACUUCUCAUGAUGCUGAAGGGGGAUGGUCUCCGCCUGUGUGGGUUUCCCGCCUCGGCGUCUUGGAGGCUUGGCGCAACUUCUUCAUGAGUAGAUUGAAGGGUGUCUCGUUUGCUGGAUCGUUCGAUCACCGAAAUUUGUACAGCUUGUUCCUUGUGGUUGUUCGAGUGUACUGUUCACCUCCCUUCAUCCUCUGCAAAAUGGGUCUACUCUACCUUUUCUCUCCAGAUGUUUUUCUUUGUUUGUUGUUUUCUCUUAUCUGUUCGCUAAGAUUUUGCUGUAGAUGCCGUAUGGCGGUGAUGUAAUGGGAAGUUCUCAUUGCGUUAAAAAAAAAAGAAUCUUUUAUAAUCUAAGUCUAAGCUGUCAUUCAUUAGUAUUUAACAUUUUAUUUUUUAUUCUCAUACCUUCCUGUCUAGGUCUAAAUAAAUUAGCAAUGCUUAC